CCUGCCUCCCUCCGCUCCGCUCCGCGCGCAAUCCGGAGUUGAGAAUGAAUACGCAGAACAUCAGGACCCUCUGCCUCAUCCUCUCCAUCGUUUUCUACCUGCUCAUAGGAGCCGCCGUCUUUGACGCACUCGAGUCGGACAGUGAGAGUUCAAAGAAAAAGGCGCUGGAGCAGAAGCUGAACGAGCUGAAGAAAAAGUACGGAUUCACCGAGGAUGACUACAGAGAGAUCGAGAGAGUGGUCCUCCAGGCGGAGCCGCACCGCGCCGGGAGGCAGUGGAAGUUCGCCGGCUCUUUUUAUUUUGCCAUCACUGUUAUCACCACAAUUGGUUAUGGCCAUGCUGCUCCACGCACUGAUGCUGGCAAGACCUUCUGUAUGUUUUACGCUGUCUUGGGCAUUCCUCUGACACUGGUCAUGUUCCAGAGCCUGGGCGAGAGGAUCAACACUUUUGUCCGCUACCUACUACGGAGAGCCAAGCAAGGGCUGGGCUUACGGAAGACCGAAGUGUCCAUGGGGAACAUGGUCCUAGUGGGUCUUCUGUCAUGCAUGAGCACCCUGUGUAUUGGAGCUGCAGCCUUUUCCCACUUUGAGGACUGGACUUUCUUCAAUGCCAUGGAGGCAGGCACCAGCUGUAUGAAUCUCCUCCCCUCUCCCGCAGAGGAGCGAAGGCAUGUUUUAUCUGAGCACUCUAAGCUCCCUGAACCCAGCAGACUCAGGGCCCUGUUCUCCUGUAUGUGCUGUGGCCUGGACAUUUAUGACGGUCCCUCUCCGCCUCACCGCGAUGAAGGGGGCGGUCACAGCAACCCCGUCUUUUACAACUCCAUCUCCUACAGGGUGGACCAGGCCUCGUGCAGCUCUUGCACCGCGUCGUCACAGGCUUCCCCCAGCAGCACGGCUCUCUGUCUGGACAAGAACAAUACUCACACCAGGAGGAAGUCAUUAUAACUCUCUGAAUAGUUGACUUAUGUCUAAGUGGCCUUUGUUUUGAACCUUUUGAAUACCCUACAGAAAACACUCUAAUUUUCUGCUUGUUGGAACAAAUUACCCUUUGCUCUCCUAGUGUAUGAAUGUAGCAUUACUUCAGAUAAAAUGUAGCAUGUCAUACAAA